CAACUGUUGCCUGGGAAUAACUUCACGAAUGAAUGCAACAUUCCUGGAAACUUCAUGUGCAGUAAUGGACGCUGUAUCCCGGGGGCCUGGCAGUGUGAUGGGCUGCCAGACUGCUUUGAUGACAGUGAUGAGAAGGAAUGCCCAAAAGCCAAAUCCAAGUGCGGUGCCACGUUCUUCCCCUGCGCCAGCGGGAUCCACUGCAUCAUUGGCCGCUUCCGCUGCAACGGCUUCGAGGACUGCCCCGACGGCAGCGACGAGGAGAACUGCACAGCAAAUCCCUUGCUUUGCUCUACUGCCCGAUUCCACUGUAAAAAUGGUCUUUGCAUUGAUAAAAGCUUUGUGUGCGACAGUCAGAAUAACUGCCAAGACAACAGCGAUGAAGAAAGCUGCGAAAGCCCUCAAGAGGCAGGGAGCGGCCAAGAUUACGUGACCUCGGAGAAUCAGCUGCUGUACUACCCGAGUAUCACCUACGCCAUCAUUGGCAGCUCUGUGAUUUUCGUGCUGGUGGUGGCCUUCCUGGCCUUGGUGCUGCACCACCAGCGCAAGCGCAACAAUCUGAUGACGCUGCCGGUGCACCGCCUGCAGCACCCCGUGCUGCUGUCCCGCCUCGUGGUCCUCGACCACCCGCACCACUGCAGCGUCACCUACAACGUCAACAACGGCAUCCAGUACGUGGCCAGCCAGCCCUACCACAGGCCAGUGGAGCUGGACUCCCCCCCGUCCUACUCAGAGGCCGUGCUCGACCAAAGCAGACCACCUUGGUUUGACCUUCCUCCACCACCUUAUUGUUCCGAAUCUGAGUCCCCUAACCAGCCAGACCUUCCUCCUUACCGCUCUCGGUCGGGAAGCUUGGCCAGCACAGACACCCCCACGGCAGAAAGUCCUGUGGGCACAUCAGACAGCUGGGCCAGAGACAUCCAUGGCAGCAUGGAUGGGCACAGAACUCUGCUGGACAGGACAGUGGAUCAGAGUGAUCCUCUGGUCAGCCACAUUGCUGAAAGAGAAGUGUAACUGCUCCAGUGGUUGGGAUGGCCAGAAGGCAAUUACUGUGUCUGUGUGGGUUAAGCUGCUGUGGCUAAUAGGUUUCAG